ACACCAGUCUAAAAUAUUCGAUUUGAUGUCGGAAUCAAAGGGUCCUGCUCCACGUACAAAUUCACAUACUAUAUUGUAUCUAUAUUUAUCUAUCACAGUGACCUGUGACAUUCAGUGAUCACAACUCUAAAAUAUGUAGAUAUUCCACAUUCAAAUUCGAUUCCGAUAACAAAAAUAAAGUCAAGUCCAACAGAAAAUAGUUCAGGAUAAAGGAUAAGCAAAACGGAACAACAAAGGAACAAGUGGCCAGCGAUCAUCACCAGCCGCAGCAGCAACAGCAGCACCAGCACCAUCAGCAGCAGACAGCGGAUCAACUCGUCCUGGAUAUCAGCAUGGAGCAGUCACAGUCGCAGCAGCACCGCCUCUAUGGCGCCCUCACACGCACCAUCUCACAGCCGGCUCAACAGCGCCACCCUCUGCACCAGCAGCAGAUCCAACAACAGCAGCAGCAGCAGGGUGUUGCCUCCUUAGUGAUCAUCAUUGAGAAUCUGGGGAACAUGAAUCUGCACCGUACGCUCCAGCGCACACAGUUGGAGCCGCUGCUCCAACAGCCCAUGAACAUAUCUCGCUACAAGACGGAGCUGUGCCACCCGUUCGAGGAGGCCGGCGAGUGCAAGUACGGAGAGAAGUGCCAGUUCGCGCACGGCUUCCACGAGCUGCGCAACCUGCAGCGCCAUCCCAAGUACAAGACAGAGUACUGCCGCACCUUCCAUAGCGUCGGCUUCUGCCCCUACGGGCCGCGCUGCCAUUUUGUGCACAACGCGGACGAGGCCCGCGCUCAGCAGCAGGCCGCAGCCCAGGCGGAAGCGGAUUGGGAGGACAGGCCAAGCAGAUGCUGCAGAAGACCAUGAGCACGCCGAUGCAGCAGGAGGAGAUGCCGCGCUUGCCCGUCUUCAACCGCCUGAGCUCUGCCGUGGAGGACUACCAGCAGAAGCUUCAGUCCAGCCUACUGCCCUAAGCAGCUCCAGCAUCAGCAUCAACACGAACAUCAACACAGUCAAGCCACACCUCACCUUCGCCUUCGCCUUCGCCCGAAAUCUGAUCUUGAAAACAAAACAAAUAAUACUUGUAUACACGCACGCGACUGUAUACAGAUCUUCGGUCUUGCAUUUAUAGGACCUAUUCGCGGACCCGCACACCCAUUAGAACCCAGGCACUUUUGCUCUUGUUUAAUAUUUAUGCAAAAAUUGUACUAGUUAUUACAUGCGAUCGGUCGUAUUGAGAAUCGAUUAUCAA